AUGCGGCUAAAACUAAAAUCUAGAAUAGGAACAUGUACAAUAAAUAUCGACGAUUCCAAGUUAUUCAGAGACUUCUUGGAAGAUAUAAAGAAUAAUUCACAACUACAUCUUGAAACAGAACGAAUUUCAUCCAUAAAAUCAGGAUUCCCACCAAAACCUUUAGAUUUGACUUUUAGCUCCCCCGAUGUUACCGUUAGUGAUAAAGGAAUAAAAGAUGGUGAUCAAUUGAUUGUUGAAUUCGUACAUUCUGGUGGAGUCAAAAGACCUUUAUCAGAAUCCCCCGUACCACCAGUUAGGAAAAGACCCACACCCAGUGAAGAAAUACCAGCCGUUUACAUUCCGGAAUUGGACAGGUAUAUCAUUCUUCGAAAUAUCCCUGAUGAUAAUUCUUGUUUAUUUAACUCGAUAUCUUAUGCAAUGUCAGGGUAUGAUUCAUAUAGAACAAUUUCACCACCAGGAGAUUUAAGAAAUGUUGUCGUGGAGUAUAUUGAAAAAGAUCCGGAAUUGUAUUCAGAAUUAGUUUUAGGGAGACCGCGAGAUGAGUAUUGUGAAUGGAUCAGAAAAAAGGAUUCAUGGGGUGGAGCAAUUGAGUUGGGAAUAUUGGCUGAUUGGUUUGAUAUUCGAAUUGUUUGCAUUGAUAUUGAGUCAGGGAACUUUAUCCGAUUCGAGAAUGAAAAGAAACCUCCUAAACGUUUCAUAAUUCUAAUAUACAGUGGUAUCCAUUAUGAUUUGUUAAGUUUGAAUGAAGAAUUAUCUCAGAAUGAACGAGAUAUGAAAAAUGAUAUUUCAAAUUGGCCAAUCGAAGAAUCUAAACAAGAAGAGUUGAUACUUGCUUCUAGUCAAAAGUUGUGCAAGAAGUUACAAGAAAAUGAUUAUGCUACAAAUACAACCACUUUCAGAGUUAGAUGUCUUGAUUGUUAUCAAAUACUUGUGGGAGAAAUGGGGGCUUCGAAACAUGCAGAAGAAACUGGACAUGUGAAUUUUGGAGAAGUAAAGAAGAAAACUCCCAAAAUAUAG